AUGUUCACGGAGUUCUCAAAUAAUCCUAUUGGAGGCGACGAUAAAUAUGACUACGAGAACUUGAAUGAAUUGGCUGAAAUAUGCGAAAAGAAAUCGGACAAUAAUGGAAUAUUGAAUACGGACGAAGACAGAGAAUUUUGUAGAACUCUUGUAAAAAAUUUAAUGAUAGUAACAAAGGACAAGUUACCAUGUCAAAAAGAAAAGAAAGAUCUGCCGGAUAUGUGGGAUUGUAUUCCAAAGUGUGAUCUUCUGAAUACAUGGCUUAUAUAUGUAAAAAUGACUUGUAAGAGGGAGGAACUGAUUAAACACGUGUUUGAGAAAGUGAAUAAUAUGAAGGAGAAAGUAAAAUAUAAGGAUGUUUUUGAAAAAUGUGAAUAUGGACAGAUAAAGCCAGGCUGGAGAGGGGACAAAGCAAUGAUGAUGGAGUUAUAUAAAUUUCUGAUGAAGGAAGACGGAAGGAGUAAAAUAAUGGACAUACAUAACCAGAAUUGGUGUGGUGGGAGAGGCAUAAAGAGUCGUUCGAAGACAAGGGAAAGAUCAGAGUCUGAAGCUGAUAAUGAAGAGGAAGAUGGAAAUGAAGAUGAGAAAUAUAAAGAGUUUACGAGGGAGGUGGAGAAAAUAGUUGCUAGCAUUCCAGAAGAACAACCUACCAAAGUUCCUGAAAUACCAAAGAAGGUUAUUCCUGAAGAAAAGAAGCCAACGUCGGAAGACACUGGCCCUAAUCACGAAGAAACAGACCGUCUUGAUGGGGUCACCUCAACCGUGACAACCACAAUUACCAAUGCAACAUUAUCGUUCCCUGAGAAAAAUGACGAUAAACUUUUACAGCACAUAUUGAAAACAAUGCAAGGUGUAAGGAUACUGUUGAGGUUAAGCCUACUGAUCAUGAGCAAGCAGCGGGAGAUGGUGAUUCUCCUACUCCUGGUGAAAGUGGUGCUGAAAGACAUGGUGAUGCUUCUCUUGGUGGUAGAGGAGGUGUACUUUGGAAUGCUCCGUAAGACAAGAAAACGUUACAGAAGAGCUCAUCAAAUACGUGGUCCAUCCUUAGAAGAGCAGAUUGUUGACCAUGUAGACGACCAGGGCGGUCCACGUGAAUAUUACAUUGUAAAGGAACGCAAACCUCGUUCUACACCUAUGAAAAGGAAGAAAAAAGGGGUUCCUGGUCGUCGUCGCCGCAUGAUUAUUGAUAUUCAUUUAGAAGUCUUAGACGAAUGUCAAAAAGGGGACCUGCAUUCAACGAAGGAAGACUUUUUUAAAAUUUUGGUUCAAGAGUUUAUGGGAAGCAAUUUUAUGAAGGAAGAAAAGGUUAAAAGUUCAGAAUCCGGGUUCAGGGAGGAAGACUUUAUUCCUAAGGAACAGGUUCCAAGUUCAGAUUCCGGAUUUAGGGAAGGAAGACUUUGUUCCUAA